CGGCGCCUAGUUUCCGGUUAUGGCGACUUGCUGUUACAGUCCUAUCAAAUUGCUACAAGAAAAUACAGACGUCUCUUCGGCAUUGUGGACGGGUGCAAUAGUUUGAUGUGUUCUGGUCAUUUACCAUGUUGGUGCUGGUAGCAUUUGGCCUACUGCUUGGUGGUAUUGUGGUCGACAUGGAAGAGGAAAGUAACAUGGAAGGGUCGCCAGAUAAACAGUUAUUUAACUACAGCAGCAUUGCCCUACCAGAAGAACACAUUCCUUAUUUUUUGCACAAUAACAAGCACAUUGCCAACGUCUGUAAAGACGAUCUUCUUUGUCCAUUUAAAGAGUAUUUAAAGACAUCUAAAUCAUGCUGGGGUUAUGAGAAAGACUGUUUGCCAGAAAACAGAUUCAGCAACCCUGUGUGUUCCAGUUUGGAUUCAGGAUGGGCUAGUACAAUUCAAGCAGCAGAGGAUAUUUUCUGGAAGCAAGCUGACUUUGGCUAUGUACAAGAACGUCUGAAUGAAAUGAAAACCUUGUGUAAACCGAUCAAACCAGGAGAUUCUUCCCUCUCCUGUACCAGCUUCACCCGAUACUGCAGAGGAACAAACCUGUAUCUCGACCUCAGACAUCCGAGAAGAAGUCAUGACAGAUAUAAGGAGGAUUUUCUCCAAGCCGGUGAGAUUGGAGGGCACUGUCAACUUGACAAGAAGGCCCUCUUGUCCGAGGGAGAGCACAAGAGCCCACUGCAGUCUUGGUUUGCAGAACUGCAAACAUAUUCUGAACUGAACUUUCACCCUAUGGAUGAUGGCAAAUGUGACCUCAUUAUUGAAAAGCCAACCUUUUUCAUGAAAUUGGAUGCAGGGGUCAACAUGUAUCACCAUUUCUGUGAUUUUGUCAACCUUUAUAUAACUCAACACAUCAACAAUUCCUUUUCUACUGAUGUGAACAUUGUCAUGUGGGAUACAAGUGCUUAUGGAUAUGGGGACUUAUUUAAUGACACAUGGAAGGCCUUUACUGAUUAUGAAAUUAGACAUCUCAAAAGUUAUGACUCUAAAAGGGUGUGCUUCAGGGAUGCAGUUUUUGCGUUACUUCCACGGAUGAGAUAUGGUCUAUUUUACAACACACCACUAAUCUCUGACUGUCACAGUGCUGGGAUGUUCAGAGCAUUCUCCCAACAUGUCCUACAAAGAUUACAAAUCAUGCAGGAAGGGCCUAAGGAAGGGAAAAUACGAGUCACCUUUUUAGCACGUAGUACAGAAUACCGGAGGAUUUUAAAUCAGAAUGAGCUCUUAAAUGCACUGAAAACAGUGUCUUUCUUUGAAAUACAAGAAGUAGAUUACAAAUACAAGGACAUUGGAUUUUUAGAGCAGCUUAAAAUAACACACAACUCUGAUAUUUUUAUUGGCAUCCAUGGAGCUGGACUCACACAUCUGAUGUUUCUUCCUGACUGGGCUGUCAUUUUUGAACUAUAUAACUGUCUGGAUGAAUUCUGCUAUCUGGAUUUGGCUAGACUGCGAGGACUGCACUACGUGACUUGGCAGAAGAAGGACAAAGUUAUUCCUCAGGACAAGGGUCACCAUCCUACACUUGGAGAACAUCCUAAAUUCACAAACUACUUUUUUGAUGUGCAAGAGUUCAUGCGUCUCGUCCUUUUGGCAGCAGACCAUGUUCAGAAGCAUCCUAAGUGGCUCUUUAGGCAAAAACACGACGAGCUCUAAAGUGCGCAAGACAAGAAGGAGAAAGGUCCUGAAAUGUUCAAGUUGUAAGAAAAUAAGUGGGUGUUUUUGAAAUUAGGAACAACACACACACACACACACACACACACACACACACACACAUACUAGUAUACAUUAUAUAUGGUCAUAGAUACAGAUUUUUCACAGCUUUACAGAUGGUUAUUGAGGACUCAUUUUUAAUGGACCAUAAGAGUUCUGUAAAAUGAUGGCAAAGUCUCUUUAUUAUUGAGACAAUCCCAUUGUUUGGCAGUAUCUUACAGAAGUUUGCAUAGUGGCUCUCUAAUAUACAUAGCUGAUACAUAUCUUGCAGAAAUAGACCUGAAAUACUUGCAUUUGUAUUAUGUUUUGGAAAAUGUAAUUUUUAUGGAUUUAGAGAAUUUAAUGUAUACAUAUUUAUGUAUUGAAAAAGGAAUGCAUAACAUAUGAACUUUACUGUCCCUUCUUAAUCAACCCAAAGUUGUUUAAGAAUAUUCAUAACAUUUAUGACCAGAUUUACUCUCCACUCCAAAAACAGAACCACUUCUUGAUGGAAUAAAGGUAGUGUCAGUACAUUGCAGCAGAGAAUUAGUUUUAUAAUUUUUCUGGCACUUUGCAGACUACAGCAGAAAAAUUGCACUAUCUGGAAAAAAAAUAUUUUUCUUUAUUUCGUUUAAUAAUUAAAAAGUUAUACUUUAAAACACCUUAUUAUCCCCCUAUGAUAAGGAUACAUGGGUGGUGCUUGUACAUAUGUAUGUUACAUUUACAUAUCUAGUAACAAACAAUUGGGAUAAAACUAUUUAUCACAAAUUAUUUUAGGUAUCAUAAAAUUGGGAUGAAUUGUGCAAUCUCUCUAGAAUGUUAGCCAUUAUGAGAUUUAUGCACAACAUGAAGCUUUUGAACAUUUACUCAUUAGAUGUCAGUAAGCAUCAUAAUGCUAUGUUUGUCUCUUUAAUGGAAUGUUCUACAAUAGUAACAGGCAGGUGAUUCAUUCUGACUACUUAAUACAGUGAAAUUCUGUCUAAAAAGUUUUAUUUGAAAGGUUUAUAAUCAGGAAUAUGAUGCUGUUUCAGUUUAACUGAAAAGCAGUUCAUAUGUAGUCAUUUUUAAGACUUUCGGGAAAGCAAUGGACUUUUCUGGAUUAGCCGUUUAUGUGAAACAAGUGGAUCAGCGCAUGAUCAAACUAAAUAACCAGAAUUCAAGUUUAAAACCCUUUCCAUCCUUUCUUCAAGCAGCAUUGCAUUAUUUGCACAGAAACAAACAGAACUGUAUGCACCUCUGUAUUUUUUGCACACACUAUUUUAUUUACCCUUGCAUUCUUUAUAGAUAAAUUAAUAUGUUAGACACAAUGUUUAAAAUACAUUGCUUUACCAUUCCUAAAACUUGAACUGUACUCUAGUUUGGUAUUACACCAGCAAUAAUGUUUUCAGAUGAUUGCCUAGUAUAUAUGACUUGUGAGGUCCUGUUUGGGUGAUUAUCACUUCUCUCUUGAUCUUAUCCAGUAUAUUAAGGUGUGAUUUGUAUUGGUAUAUUUAUUUGUAUUUUAUGUUCAUAUUUAAAAGUUUAAAAUAUAUAUAAAAAAUAUUAUUGGUAAAGUUACUUUUGUAGCGCCUUUUGGCAAUUCUGAAAUAACGUGUAUUUUAAGGUGAUUUAUGAGGAUUCUUACAUGGACAAUUAGGUGGGAGCCUAUAUCACUGAUUGCUGAACGAAGUAUAUUGCCUUCUUUCCCAAUGCCCUCAUCUCGUUAACCAUGCUGAGGCUGCAAAUCGUUAGCCUGCUGAAACAGCUGAUCAGCUGCAGUUUCUUACUUGAACAAGUUAUCAUUUUCUUUGCAACCCAUGUAAAACAUUAUUUGAUUGUUAUUUAUUGGAAAUUGUUGUCCUGUAAUUAAAACAAAGACUUUCCACUAGAUGGUGCUGUCAUUCUAUCACCAGAGAAUAAGAACAGGUUUUAAAAUGCACUAAUGUAUAUGGAUUUUGUGAAACAAAUGGAACCCUAACCUGAGUUUUAUAUUUCAUACAGAAGGAUAAAGAUAGCUAGUUUUUUGGUUCGUGUUGAACUAAAAACAAUAGAGCACAUGAUGGACUUGUAAUAUAAUUUUCUAUCUAAAUGUGGGUCUUCAUUUAGGUAACUUGUUACUCAAGUUCCAGAUCUUUCAAUUAUAGUAACAUUUAUUUUGCUUCUAUACAAAUCCAAAUGUAUAUGAAGAUUUGUGAUUUAUUAGGUCACUAAAAUGUUAAUAGACCCUCAUAGUGUAUGUGAACUAUUAUUUUAUUUUGUGUCUGUAGUAAAAUUAGUAGAUUUUUUUUUUUGUUGUGGGUUAUUGAUUUUUUCUUUUUUUUUUUUACAGUACUGUUCAAUUUUUAAUGUAGUGUAUUUUGGAACUGACAGCAUGCAUUCUCUAAUGUAACCCUGUGAUAAAAACAUCGCAAUGCACACACUUUUACUCGUUUAUGAAAGGCUGUGGUGAAGACAGGCUUCAUUAUGUCUGGUAAAAGAUAACCCAUUUAUAAUUUAAAAGUCUGUAAACAUCUAAAGUGUUAGAUAAACCUACAGUGUAACCUGACAGAGAGUGAAUGUAGACAAUAAACCACUUGAUUGAUAAUCACAUUACACCACAACUCUCAUGCCCUUCCCUGGAAGGAAAUGUAUGCAGGUCUCAAUGUAAAAAUUAUUAAGGACAUAUUAGAUUUUUCAUAUCGUAUCACUUAACUAUCACAGUAUUAGUCAAAAUACUGGAUAGGGGUGAUUAAUUAUGCAUUUUUUCAGAGGUGAUUUCCUGUAAAGCAGACUAAUGCAUAGCACAGUAGCACACUAUAAUAAUAAAUUAAUAAUUUAUUAUGUGCUAUUUUUGCUACAGCAUGUCAGCUAAUGCAGAGUACACAAGAAUGGCGUUGGGUUCGGCCUUUGAGAGUCAUUAUUAUGUUUUGCGUGUUCUAUGCAUUAUGCAUUUGUUACUGCCUUUUCACAAGGAACUUUAAUUUUGUUUUAUGUCAUCGUUGCUGAGAAAGAAAUGUAAAGCAUUCUUCUUCAAAGUACUUUUAGUGAAGCCUUUGUCAUUUUUGUCAGGUCAUGACAACAACUUGCCCAAUAAAGUAUAUGAUUCAAAAUAUCCCUUAA